GAGGCGGACCAGGCCGCUGCCAGGGUUGGGUGCGCCGCAGAACGGAUGGCAGAGGGAGCCCAACGGGAUUCUGAGGAAAGCUGGCCAGCUAUUUGAGUGUCAUCUGCUGCCACCCAUUGAUGUCAAGAUGACUAAGCUGGGAUUUUUGCGGUUGUCCUAUGAGAAGCAGGACACACUACUGAAGCUUCUCAUUCUGUCGAUGGCUGCUGUGUUAUCGUUCUCUACUCGUCUCUUUGCUGUCCUGAGAUUUGAAAGUGUCAUCCAUGAGUUUGAUCCGUACUUUAAUUAUCGGACUACCCGGUUCCUGGCUGAAGAGGGGUUUUAUAAAUUCCAUAAUUGGUUUGAUGACCGGGCCUGGUAUCCUUUGGGACGAAUCAUUGGAGGAACAAUUUAUCCAGGCUUAAUGAUCACGUCUGCUGCAAUCUACCAUGUACUCCAUUUUUUCCACAUCACCAUCGACAUUCGGAAUGUCUGUGUGUUCCUGGCCCCUCUCUUCUCUUCCUUCACCACCAUCGUCACGUACCACCUUACCAAAGAGCUCAAGGAUGCGGGGGCUGGGCUUCUUGCUGCCGCCAUGAUUGCCGUAGUUCCUGGGUACAUCUCCCGAUCUGUGGCUGGCUCCUAUGAUAAUGAAGGGAUUGCCAUCUUCUGCAUGCUCCUCACCUACUACAUGUGGAUCAAAGCAGUGAAGACUGGUUCCAUCUAUUGGGCUGCCAAGUGUGCCCUUGCCUAUUUCUACAUGGUCUCUUCAUGGGGAGGCUACGUGUUCUUGAUCAACUUGAUCCCCCUCCAUGUACUGGUGCUGAUGCUCACAGGACGCUUCUCCCACCGGAUCUAUGUGGCCUACUGUACUGUUUACUGCCUGGGCACCAUUCUUUCCAUGCAGAUCUCCUUUGUGGGUUUCCAGCCCGUCCUUUCCUCAGAGCACAUGGCGGCUUUUGGGGUCUUUGGUCUCUGCCAGAUCCACGCCUUUGUGGAUUAUCUGCGCAGCAAGCUGAAUCCACAGCAGUUUGAAGUUCUUUUCCGAAGUGUCAUCUCCCUUGUAGGCUUUGUCCUUCUCACCGUGGGAGCCCUCCUCAUGCUGACAGGAAAAAUAUCUCCCUGGACUGGGCGUUUCUACUCACUGCUGGAUCCUUCUUAUGCUAAGAACAACAUCCCCAUCAUUGCCUCUGUGUCUGAGCAUCAGCCCACCACCUGGUCCUCGUACUAUUUUGACCUGCAGCUUCUGGUCUUCAUGUUUCCAGUCGGCCUCUAUUACUGCUUUAGCAACCUGUCUGAUGCCCGGAUUUUCAUCAUCAUGUAUGGUGUGACCAGCAUGUACUUCUCAGCUGUCAUGGUGCGUCUGAUGCUAGUGUUGGCGCCUGUAAUGUGCAUCCUCUCUGGCAUUGGAGUCUCCCAGGUGCUGUCCACUUACAUGAAGAAUCUGGACAUAAGUCGUCCAGACAAGAAGAGCAAGAAGCAACAGGAUUCUACCUACCCUAUUAAGAAUGAAGUGGCAAGUGGGAUGAUAUUGGUCAUGGCUUUCUUUCUUAUCACCUACACCUUUCAUUCAACCUGGGUGACCAGUGAGGCCUACUCUUCUCCCUCCAUCGUGUUGUCUGCCCGUGGUGGGGAUGGCAGUAGGAUCAUUUUUGAUGACUUCCGAGAAGCAUACUAUUGGCUUCGUCACAAUACUCCAGAGGAUGCGAAAGUCAUGUCAUGGUGGGAUUAUGGUUACCAGAUUACGGCUAUGGCAAAUCGGACAAUUCUAGUGGACAAUAACACAUGGAAUAAUACCCAUAUUUCUCGAGUAGGGCAGGCAAUGGCAUCCACAGAAGAAAAAGCCUAUGAGAUCAUGAGGGAGCUUGAUGUUAGCUAUGUGCUGGUCAUUUUUGGAGGCCUUACUGGGUAUUCUUCUGACGAUAUCAACAAGUUUCUGUGGAUGGUCCGCAUUGGAGGGAGCACAGACACAGGCAAACAUAUUAAGGAGCACGACUAUUAUACUCCAACUGGGGAGUUCCGCGUGGACCGUGAGGGUUCUCCAGUGCUGCUCAACUGCCUUAUGUACAAGAUGUGUUACUACCGCUUUGGACAGGUCUACACCGAAGCCAAGCGUCCACCAGGCUUUGACCGUGUCCGGAAUGCUGAGAUUGGGAAUAAAGACUUUGAACUUGAUGUCCUUGAAGAAGCAUAUACCACAGAACAUUGGCUAGUCAGGAUAUAUAAGGUAAAGGACCUGGAUAAUCGAGGCUUGUCACGGACAUAAAUGUUAUAUCCAGCUCUGAUACGCUUCGCACUGAACGCGUCACAUUUAGGACGCUGAAGACGUUUUUUAAAUAUGCAGUUUAUAAGAACAGAGCACGAUGGGAUUAGUAUUGUCUGGAAGUUUUGCCCUGGGCAGGAUGGGCUGGGCCAAAUGGAAUGAUUUUUAUAAUUCUGAGCAGGUUACCAAAUGAAAUGUCAUGGCUUUACUUUGGUCAAUUAAAGGGGGGAACUUUUUUUUAAAUGUGCCUUAUUUCUUUUGACUUAUGACUGAUUUGAGAAAGGCAAAAGUUUGUGCUGGGCUGAUAGAAGGAGGGGAAGCAGAUUGAGCCACGUGGGGGCAACCUGUCUCUCUCAAAUCAGGAACACUGUCAAGGACUAGCUCAGAUCCUACAUGUACAAAUAAUUUUGUCGUUUCAAAAAUUGUAGCACCUAGCACAAUGCCUUGCAUCUAGUGGGUGCUCAGUAAAGUUUUACUAAAUAAAUAAAUGUUUGUGGAACCAGA